UAUUGGCCGUGUAUUAGUAUUACUAUCUUUGACGUGCUAACUGACAGCUCAAACGAUCUAGGUGCAGUAAUGUAGAUUCGUUAGGUGUUAAUCGUUUACCGGCGGUGAAAGCCAUCUUACACAAACAUAAGGCAGUAUGUUGACUUACCUCUGGCGCAUGUCAAGGACUUUAAACGGUUAGAGACACUAAGUUCGCUAACGGGAGCCUGACAGUGUGUGUUUACCAUUUCGGACCGUACCACGAGGUCUCGGUAACACUCUGGGGAUAUUUACCUGUAUCUCUGUGCGAUCCUAAAACGUAAUAGCGUAACCUGUGUUACAGAGAAAUUGUGUCAUUCGCUCUUCAGGGCAGCACUUCGCUCCAGAGGGUCUACUUCCUCCUGUAUAAGCUAUCAUAUCCGAGAGGAAAUCUCUAAUUGUGUAACGGGAGGGUAUUCAUACCAAGACAAUUUGUGAAGUUAAAGGUUGUGUUUUUAGUAUAGUGUGUGAACUUUAGGAAUAACAGCAACAUUUUCCACGAUGUCCAAGGGUUUACACGGGGACAAUGCUAAGACUUAUAAACUCGUGGUGGUGGGUGAUGGUGGUGUUGGAAAGUCGGCAUUAACGAUACAAUUCUUCCAGAAAAUGUUCGUUGAAGAUUAUGAUCCUACAAUUGAAGAUUCCUACAUUCAGAAUGCAGAAAUUGAUGGCAAGUGGUGCAUAUUGGAUGUACUGGACACAGCCGGCCAGGAGGAGUUCAGCGCCAUGAGGGAACAGUACAUGCGAAAAGGUGAUGGUUUUCUGCUUGUCUACUCCGUCACUGACCGCCAGAGCUACGAAAACAUCGAGAACUUCUACUCUCAAAUUCUUCGCGUCAAAGACAGAGAUAACUAUCCCAUGGUACUGGUAGCGAACAAAGUAGACUUGGUGGCUCUGCGUAAAGUGUCAGAUGAGCUGGGCAACAAUUUAGCUCGACAUCUUAGGUUACAAUACAUAGAAACAAGUGCCAAAGGUCCCCCGCUGAACGUUGAUAAGGCUUUUCACGAACUUGUACGUGUGAUACGAAGACAGCCACAGGAUCCCAAGAGAGAACGACGGCACACGGGCAAGAAAAGGAGGUGCACCAUACUGUGAUAGGACUAUAUUUGUUACAUUGUUUUGUAUUAUGUUAUAUAGCAAGUUGUUAAAGUCUGGUAAACUUCAUGUUAAAAAGCACAGGAGAACUUCUUGAUUUACAGAGUUCAUAUACUGUAUGGGUAAUUUUUAAAUGAAUGAAUUCAACAAAUUCUUAAUUUAUGAAUUCUAACAAUGGCUGUUGUUUGUAGUAGAUGAACUAUUGUUGUUUUCUACCUGUUGUGUCAUAUUAGGCUCUUACCAGGGCCGUUUUCGUUAAAACGGUCAAACCGGUCGGACCACUGUUGUUCGUUUAUCAGAUAAGGUCGGACCUGGUAGUCUGAUGCUGUUUUUAGGUGAGCCUGCACAAAGCCUUGCAAGGCCUGCAUAAACAUUUGCAGGUCCGCCAGGAUUAUACCCGAAAUUGUUACAUUUAUAUAAACAAACAGGUCCUAGGUUUUAAUCAGAUUUGCCCGGUUAAUUCUACUUAAUUCUUAAUAGAGUUCCCUCCCUUUACUCAUGUGAGGGAUCU